AUGACUGUAUGCAGGGUUACCAAGGCCAAUAAGAAGGCAGGUGGUGCUCAACCCCCUUCGACUCCAAAGAAGAAUUCUGGCGGUGUUUCCAAGUCCAAGAAGGACAAAGGGACGCCCACGCCCAAGAAGGGCAAGGACAAUGCCAAGGAUAAGCCCGAAGCUGAGGAACAUAUUCCUCCUUGCUUUCAGUGCCUAAACAGCGCAACAGCUGGAAAGAAGCGACGGGAAAUGCUUUGGCUGCCAGGAAACAACCGUUACGUGCGAUGUGGUCGUGGCGGCAACUGCUAUCCGAUUCCUCUUGUCGCAAAGGACGCUGCAGUCUACUUCCUUCGGUAUCACCAGUCCAACCCGCCGGUUGAGGAUGAGGAACUGCCGAAAUGCAAGUCCAAAAAGCCGUGUUAA